CUUCUCCGUUUGCCUCUCUUUCACCUCCGAUAUUCUCUUCCAUGGAUUCCGAUUCCGACUCCGACUCCGACUCCGACGGCUCUCACGUCUCCGCUACUCCUCCCAGAGAUUUCGGCCCUUCAUCUCCGCCGCCUCCUUCACGGCCUCCGCUCAUCUCCUCCACCAAUUCCAGCGUUAGGGCUAGAGCCUCCUCGUCCUCUUACUCCAAACCCAAGAAGAAGUUCUCCCACAAGUUUUCCUCUUCCCCUUCCGAUGCAAAUCGGACCAGAAUCGACCCAGUGCCGGCCUCCGAAGAUGCAUUUCCCACUUUCUCGGCCAAUCUUCCUUUCCAAAUCCGCAGCCGGCCGUCCGAUCAGAACCGCGACGUUUCCGCCGUCGAUCGCUCCCUCGAAACCCUCCCCGCCGGCUUCUUCUCCAAGUCCGCGUCGUUCUCGAAAAUCCGACGGUCCACUCUCAAUUUCGAUUGCGUUGAGGAUGAUCCGAGUCCUUCUUCGGCGCCGAUUCCGCCGCCCAAGGCUGAUGAGAUUACCGUGCCUGAAUGUUCGGCGGCCGGUUGGUUGCCGGAAGAGCUCGAUGAUGAAGCGGCCGUCGGUUAUGGAAUAAGCUCGGCGAAAGUUGCGAAGAAGCAUUCUAAUUUGAUCGGAAGCAAUGUGCCUUUGCCACCGGUAAAAUUUCGAAAAUGCAGUGCAGAAGGGAAUUUUGUGAAGCUGAACUUGAAGCGGAAUAAAAGGAAAUUCUUGAACAAAAGAGGGGGUAGUUCUUACUCGAGUGGUCGACGAUCUUACAGAAAGUAUAAGAAAAAAAUGAGAUCAGAAAGCGAGGCCAAAAUGGAGGAGGGUGUUUGUGAGGAAAAUGGCUUAGUUGUCGAGACGAUGGCGGAAAACAAUCAGAGGAGAGAAAGCAAAAGAGCGAAAUUUGAACAUGAAUCUCUCAAAGAGGCGAUUUUGGCUGCUCGAGAUGAGCCCUCUGAUGAGAAUUUAGUCAAGUUGUUGAGCCUAACUCAUGGUUAUGAUUCAUUCCGUGAUGGGCAGUUGGAGGCGAUAAAGAUGGUUCUUUCCGGGAAAUCGACAAUGCUCGUUUUGCCUACAGGUGCUGGAAAAUCGCUGUGUUAUCAGUUGUCUUCCCUGAUUUUGCAUGGAAUAACCCUGGUUGUAAGUCCUUUAGUUGCAUUGAUGAUUGAUCAACUAAAACAGCUUCCUCUAAUGAUUCAUGGCGGUCUUUUCUGUAGUAGUCAGACACCAGAGGAAGUUUCGGAGACAUUGCGGUUGCUACAACAAGGUGAUAUAAAGGUGCUUUUUGUGUCACCAGAAAGGCUUUUGAAUGCGGAAUUCUUGUCAUUAUUUUCUGCUAAUGUGUCAAUAUCGCUUGUUGUGGUGGAUGAAGCUCACUGUGUAUCUGAAUGGUCACACAAUUUCCGACCCUCGUACAUGAGGCUGAGAGCAUCGUUACUUAAAGCGAAGCUCAAUGUUGAUUGCGUUCUUGCCAUGACAGCUACUGCUACAACCACAACUUUGCAUGCUGUUAUGUCUGCUCUGGAAAUUCCUUCAACCAAUCUCAUCCAGAAAGCCCCAUUAAGGGACAAUUUACAAUUAUCGGUGUCAUUGUCUAGAAAUAGGCAAGUCAGCUACACUUUUUUCUUGAAUAAAACUAGAAUGAAGGAUCUGUUGAUGCUGAUCAAGUCUCCUCCAUUCACGGAAGUCCGGAGCAUCAUUGUAUAUUGCAAAUUUCAGUUUGAAACUGACGUAAUAAGCAGAUAUUUACGUGAUAACGACAUUGAUGCAAAGGGUUACCACGGUGGUAUACCUGCAAAAGAUCGUAGCCGUAUACAGGAGUUAUUUUGCACUAACAAGAUCCGGGUGGUUGUUGCAACUGUGGCAUUUGGCAUGGGGCUUGACAAGAGGGACGUUGGCGCUGUCAUUCAUUACAGCUUGCCAGGAAGCUUGGAGGAGUAUGUUCAGGAAAUCGGCCGAGCUGGACGGGAUGGGAGAUCAUCCUAUUGUCAUCUAUUUUUAGAGGAUGAUACAUACUUCAAGCUUCGUAGUCUCAAGUUUAGUGAUGGAGUCGAUCAAUAUACAAUAAACAAAUUCCUUUGUGAAAUUUUCUCCAACAAUAAGAAGUUGCAAGGAAAAGUUUGCUCCUUAGUAACAGAAUCGGCUUCUCCCAAGUUUGAUAUGAAAGAAGAGGUGAUGUUCACACUUCUAACCCAAUUGGAGUUGGGUGAAGUGCAAUUCUUGCGUCUUCUCCCACAGAUAAACGUAACUUGCAGUUUGAGUUUUCAUAAGACCCCUCCUGAUGUGCUUGCUGAGAGGGAUGUUGUUGUUGCUGAAAUUCUGAAGAAGUCUGAAAUGAAGCAAGGGGAGUAUGUGUUUGACAUACCAACUGUGGCGAACAGCAUUGGAAUUACUACUACUGAUCUAUCAAAUCAGUUACAAAAUCUAAAGUUCAAGGGAGAAGUAAGGUAUAAACUGAAGGACCAAGCCUGCUGCUAUACAAUUGUUGAAGUUCCUGCAGAUCUUUGUUCUCUAUCAGCACAUCUUACAAAAUGGUUAUCAGAGGUUGAAAGUUGCAAGGUGCGGAAGUUGGAUGCAAUGUUUAAUGCUGCCACAUUCGCCCUUAAUUCGUGUGAGAAAUUGCACGGUUGCUGUGGAGCCCAACAUACGCCAUGCUUGCAAAGAAGAAUUUUGGAUUAUUUUAACGAAAAUUAUGAUAAUUAUGAUCUUCCUAAUAAGAUGGGUCAAAGCAGCUUAUUUUUGCGAGCCGAUAUGAAAGUAUUUCUGCAGAGUAACUCGCAGGCAAAAUUCACUCCCAGAGCUGUUGCAAGGAUAAUGCAUGGCAUUGCAAGCCCAGCUUAUACAUCAACAAUGUGGUCAAAAACUCACUUCUGGGGAAGGUAUUCAAAAAUAGAUUUCCAGGUUGUACUGGAAGCAGCAAAGGCAGAACUGAUUAACUUCGUCGGAAAGGAUGCUACCUAGCUCAUAAGAAUCAUGCACACUGUUGCUGGAUGAUUGAAAAUUUCAUUGAAAAUUUCAUUUGUCAUAAUAUUAUGGACCGAUUUUAUUCUGAGAAGGAAUCUGCUGACAUUGAUGCUGUCCCACUUGCACAAGUUCACUUGGAAACGAAACUGUAGGUGUUCAAGUUGCUUCUUUUCAGAAAUCAGAUAAAUAAAACACAAAAGAGUAAAAAGAUUGACAUAUUUGAC